AUGAACUAUAGAUUUAUUGAUUUGGGCCCACGGACUGUGGAUAAAAGCAAGUUGGACCUGAAGUGGGUCGAGGAUCAGCAUCCCACUGUUCGUCCUGGAGGCUUCUAUGCGCCUGAGCAAUGCAAGUCGAGACAUAAAGUUGCAAUCUUGAUUCCGUACAGGCAAAUCGCACCCCUGACCGCACCCAUGUCAGAAGACGCAAGUUCGAAAAUCCGUUCGAAAAUUUUUGUCCGUGGGAGAGCCACGUUUCGGCAUGAAUGGGCCGGCUCGACCGGAGUGAUACCACGGCCUCACAGAAAACCGACGUGAAGCAACGCUUGCGUUGUGUUUCGUCGUGUGAGUGAGGGUACCGGAGGCCCAACCCCUCCCUAUUCUCUUCCCUCUACCCCUCAACCCUUCCCUCCCUAUGAUCAUAUCCGUCCCUCAAAGGCCGGCAGCGCGCUUGUAGCCCCUCUGGUGUUGCAGGUGUCCAUGGGCGACAGUAAUAACUUACCAUCAGGAAAUUACAAAUUUAAUAAAGGAGCUUUGUACAACAUAGGGUUUAUAGAGACUCAGCGAUUUGGAACGUGGGACUGUUUGGUCUUCCAUGAUGUUGACUUGAUACCAUUAGAUGAGAGGCUUCUAUACACAUGUCCAAGGAACCCCAUACAUAUGUCCCCAGCAGUAGAAUCUAAUAAUUUUACGCUGCAAUAUUACACACUAUUCGGUGGUGUCACAGCAAUGAGUCCACGACAUUACCUCGCAGUUAAUGGCUAUUCCAACUAUUAUUGGGAUUGGGGUGGAGAAGAUGAUGAUAUGUUUAACAGGCUUGUAGGAGCAAGGCUGUCUUUAUCAAGAUUGAACUCAACGAUAGCUCGAUUCGCUACCCUACCACAUAAGCCGCAGCUUGUUAAUCCGAAUCGGUAUAAGAAAUUGGCAAAAGCUCGAAACAGGUAUAAAUCUGAAGGCCUCAAGACGGUGCAGUACCGCCUCAUUACAAUUUUUAAGAAAAGACUUUACACCCAUAUCCUAACCGAUGUCAACCCUUUCAACUAUAAACAUUAA